AUGUCUUUCCGGGAGAAGACCUUGGGGCUGACCCCUCUGGCCUGGGAACGCUUCGGCAGUGCCAGGGGAGAGGAUGCUAACAGGUCAAACAGGAAACCGGACAUGCAGAGACUCUUCCGCUACCAGAACAUGAGCGACAGAUUCCUCGCUCUCACCAAAGUAAACGUUGACCUGAAGAAGGACAACGAGGUCUUGAUGGCGCAAAGUGUCCAAAUCAACGAGCAGAACAGACUCCUCAACAGGACGUCCGCUGACCUCGAGUCCACGAAUCUCGCUCUGACUUUGGAGAGCAGAGAGUUGGCGGAGCAAGUUGUCAAUCUUACCUCUACGAACGCACAGAUCGAGGAAGAACGCGAGCAACUGGUGGUGUACUCGUAUGAGCGGGAGGAGAAGAUGGCGAACAUGUCGCAGACAUUCGAUCAGCUGCUGAGCUCUAACGCUUGGCUGCAGGAGGAGAACCAGCGAGUGUCCGAGACAAGCGACUUCCUGAGAGACGAGCUGCUCCGAGUGAGGGAGAAGAAUCAGGAGCUGGAGGAGAUCAGCGAAGGGUUUCAGAGAGAAAUUCAAAAUCUGACCGAGAAGAUUGGAGCCUUUUCGAGGGACUGCGCCGGGAAGUUGACUCAGCUUCAAGAACAAAAGCAGAACCUGAGCACAAUGCUGGUGAAAGACCAACAGGAGGCAGCAGAGAGAACCAGAAGCAAGACAAAGGAAGUGGACAAGAUGGUGGCGUACAUACUUUCAGCGAAGGAGGCGUACCACGCUUUAGACCUUUACUGUCCUGUGGUUAACCAGAAAACGAAAGAGCGUUUCUGUAAAAAAUGCCACAACAGCUGGAAACAGUUUGAGACAAAGUGCUACUACUUCUCCUCUCGCACACUGGACUGGAGCUCUAGCAGGGCCUGGUGUCGGACACAAGGGGGCGACCUGGUCGUCAUAAACAGUGAACAAGAGCAGAGGUUCGUGUUCGACAGCAGUCGCACUCUGGAGCCGUCCGGCUCUCGGCUGUGGGUCGGUAUGAGCGACGAAGGUCACGAGGGACAGUGGCACUGGGUGGAUGGAAGCAAAGUCACCUCAGAUGUGCAGUUUUGGCUGAGCAGAACCGGAGUCGGUGCUGAGCCCGAUGACUGGAACCUGGACGACCCUCGAGGUGAAGACUGCGGACACAUAGACGUCAGUGAAGACGCACUCAAGUCCUGGAUGGACGGAUCCUGCCAGAGAACUUACAGAUGGAUCUGCGAAAAGAACAUUUAG